AUGGAAGUUGAUGCAAACGGGGAGUUCAUCGACAGUCAUGACAAUGAACUCGAGCGCGAGCCGACACCUCCACCUGCUCAGGUCAAGCGGCGUGGACCCGGGCACCCUCCUGGCAGCGGCCAAUCCAAGGCUUGCGCCAAAAAGCGCCACGGCCCCGGUAAGAAGACUCAAGCGCCGGACGAAGGCGAUCACGAUGGCCCGGGCAAUGCGGAAGAUGAGCCUCCCACUAAAAAGGCAGGCACCGCAAAAACGGCGGUGACCACCAAGAAGAAGAACGCAGAUUUCGACGGUCCUAUCGGGACGGCCCUCCGUCUGCUCCACCUAGAGGGACUGAACACCGCCUCGGAGAUGAUCACCCUCUGCACUCAAUGCGGUUACCCCGCCCUCGACCUGUUCAAGGUCCUCUGCGACAUCUCUCCCAACGACCCUAACCUGGUUAUUGCAGCACUGGCCCCAACCGUCGAAACACUUCAGGCGCUCCUCGACUUUGCUGAGGCUAAUGUGUUCCGCGAUGACACAGACCUUGCGCCAUUCCACCACACCUUUGAGGGCUACCGCGGCGACAUUCUGCCUGGCAUACAAAGCAUGCAGCAGCAAAACCCCGUCCCCCACAACUUUGUCGAGGGGUCCUCGCGCGAUGGUGCAGCGGCUUCUGAGCCGUUGCCCGAGGCGCAGAAUGUGCACCAGGCUCUGCCUCCAGCUAUUGAUUUUGAUGAUGGGUACGCUCCAGACUCUGAGGAAGAGCGCGCGGGUGAGCAGCGUGUGCGCGAUUCGAAAGGUAAAGAGAGAGCCACCAAAUGA